AUGUUUACAAAUCAUAUGAAGGUAUUUAAUUUUCUAUUAAAACUAAUCAUAACUACCAGUAUUGAAGAUAUAUUUUUAUUAAAAUCCGGAAGAAAUAAUUUUUUACAUCUUGAAAGAGGUAUAUUAACUACAAGUAGAAACAGAUACACAAAGUUUAGUGUAGAAAAAAAUUCAGAUGGAAGUUAUAAAUUAUUAGCAAAUGGAAAACCCAUUGAAAUAAGAGAUGGAAAGUUAAAUGCAAAAAGAAAAGGGUUUUUAAAAAAAUCUUUAAAUAUUUACGUAGUUUUAUCAAAUGAAGAUGGAGGACCUGUAAAAUUAAUGACAAAAAAUGAUAAAUGUGUUAAAUUAAGACGAUAUGGAAGAAAAAUACGAUUUGUGCUAUCAAAUUAUUGUAAUAGAAGUGAUAAUUUAUUUUAUGUGAUAAAUCAAAAUAAUUAUAAUAACAAUCCAUACAAUAAUUACAAUAAUAAUUAUAAUAACAACCCAUAUGAUUCUUAUAACGACAACUCUUAUUUUGAUUAUAGUAAUAGUAGUGAUUUUUAUUCAAAAAUGAAAAGUUAUGAUUCAAGUAGUGAUAGUAUGAGUAGUAUGAAUUUUAUGAAUUCACAACCUUGUAAUCCCACGUCAUAUCGUAAACAACUAAAGAAAAUAGGUAUAUCAUCCUCCUCUUCUUCAUCCUCAUCAUCAAGUUUUUAA